UUCCAUCGUACAGUCUCAUCUUCUUCUCCUCCAAACCUAGGCGUGCGAUUGUUGCCUCUUCACAGAUCCACCGAAUAUCUUUGCGUUUUCACCGUUUGCUUCCGGCCUGUCCAUAGUUGCCUCGACGCCGUUACUCCAUGGCGAACCCACCUAACCUACCACCGAACUUCAAUCGUGAAGCAUUUCUCCAAUAUGUGUCACAACAGUUUAGUAGCUCAACACCAGAGUUUGACACUUUUUUUAGGCCUUUCGUAAUUGAAGACCCGGGAUGUAGUAUUCCAGAUUCUGAAACUGAUGUUCCUCCUGCCGGCAAUGCAAACGGAUUUGCUGGCAAUGCAAACGGAUCUGCUGGCAAUGCAAAUGGAUCUAAUCCACCUGCUUCGGUGGAGAAUCUUCUCGCUGCUCCAGGACGUGAAACACUUAAGUAUCUUCAUCCCAAAGUGCAACGAGGAGCUAUUUGGUUUAAGCGUGAUCCAUAUGGUGUAAUUACAAAGUCUAUCUUGAGAAUGCAAAAAACAGAUGUCAACCAUGCUUUCUUGACAUAUCGUUCUCUUCCGGCUGAUACUAAAGAACGGUGGUUUAAAGCUUUUGCACAAGAGUUUAAUUGGGAUCCGAGCAUUACGAAAAUAGUUGAGAGGGGGUUUGAGAAACAAGCUGCCUAUUCUUUCUCCAAAAACUUGUCUGAGUGGAAAGACAAAUGGAAAUGCAAUAAAGAGAAACCUAUACAUAUGUCAGGUGAUUUAUGGAAGGAGUAUAUUCAGCUCUGGCGUGAUGAGAAAGUUGCAGGAUUGGCAGCAACAAACUCACAAAACAGGAGAAGCAACCCAGAUGGUGAAGGAAUUCCAGUGCACUUCAAUGGAGCUAAAUCAUUCUAUAGGCGUAAAGAUGAGAUGACUAUUGAAAAUGGUGGAGUGGAGCCUAAUAUGCUGGCUUUCAUUGAGGAUGUUUAUAAAAGUAAAAAAACUGGCAAGAUUGUGUACAAGAAGGCUAAGAGGAUUGUGGAGACUUUAAAAGAGCAGGUGAAUGACCUCCAAUCUGAAGAGACACAUGAAGAUGGACCGGUUCAAUCUAAAGAGCUCUCUUGUUCUGAGAUCAACGAUUUGGUUCGUAAGGCUAUACCCAAAAAGAAAGGACAUCGGUUUGGAUUUGGAUCUCUUCUAGACCAUGAAGAGUUAAAUACUCCCUUCUUACCCACCUUGGAUAAUGACAAGAAGUUAGAAGAAGCUUACACCCAGAUUUCUGAGUUAGUUAAGGAGAAAGAGGAAAAUACCAAGACAAUCCAAUACUUGAAGGAUGUGACUGAGAAGCUUCUCAACAAGUUUCCGGACUGUCGUCCACCUGAAGAUGAAGAUGAUGAUGAAACUCAAGAUUAGAGAUGAGUGUUUUAACUUGCUAGUUUUUUGUGGUAGGAUGUCCAAAAAAGGGACUAACGGUUAAUGUAAGAAUCUAUUAAUGUGGUUUUA